AUGGCUGGCUUUCAGCCGCCUGGAGGGGGGGCUGGCCGCUCCUUUGCGGCUGUGCUCCAGGCGCAGCCUUCACCCUCAUCAUCUCCUUGCAAGAUCAAGACUGCUGCACAAUACCGUGGAGAGCCGGCCGUCCUUUUCUCGGCAGAGGAUAUUGCAAAGCUUUCUGCUCCUUUCACUUUUGCUGUGGUCGGAAAAUUUUCCCAUGGCAGGCCAAGUCUAGAUGUCACUCGUAAGUCACUCCUGGCGAUCGGUUUCAAGUCCACUUUCACUGUCGGUUUGCUAGAUCAGAGGCAUAUCCUCAUACGGUUUUGCUUGGAGGAAGAUUUCCUUCGGUGCUGGACAAAGGGGUUCUGGAACGUUGCAGAAUUCCCAAUGCGUGUUUUUAAAUGGAGCCCAGAUUUUACAGUUUCAAGUGAAUCUUCACGAGCCCCUGUCUGGAUUGCGUUAGAGCAUUUACCAAUCCAUUUUUUUGAUAAGGUGUCACUUUUCUCUAUUGCCAACACCAUUGGCAACCCACUACAAAUUGAUACCGCAACUGCAUCUUUGUCGAGGCCCAGUGUGGCACGCAUCUGCGUGGAUCUUGAUGUCUCACAGGACCUACCCGAGCGUAUCUGGAUUGGGACAGGCAACUCUGGCUUCUGGCAACGCCUCCUCUACGAGAACCUGCCGCUGUAUUGCCCUCUUUGCAAUAGACAGGGGCACUCCAGUGAUGGCUGUCGACAGCACAAACAUCGCAGGAAUGGAUCCAGGGGCACUCCUCUGACGGCGGCGGCGGUAGCCCAGACCCACGAAGACACGACUGGUGCAAAGCAAUCCAAAGCUCCGCAACUAGCGUAUCUCAUCACCAGAACUGGCCCAAACCAGAAGAAUGAAGAACUGGGGCAGCCAUCACAUGUCUCUAUGGCUCGACAGGCGCAGGUGGGCAGCGGUCAGGUUGAGUGCUCUAGUUGCGUGUGCCUAGAUGGUGGGCAGGUUGCGGCGGGCCAGGUUGAGGAUAGCGGUGCUCCCGCUCCUGUCUUGAAAGUUUCUGCAACCUCUCCAGUCUUGGGUCGUAUCUGCGAUGAUUCGCAAAUCCAGCAAGUUGCGCAUGAGAAGCUGUCCCCCCAAGGCUCCCUUUCGGAUGGGGAGGAUUUGCCAGAGGUGGGUGCGCGUGAUAGGAAGACACUGGUUGCCUCUUUUCAGCAGUUCAGCAAGGCACUGGGGCCUCGGGUUCAGCAGAAGUUUGCUGAACGGGAGGCAGAUGGUUUCACCAUGGUACUCUCGCGAAAGGCAAGGAAGAAGCGAGCUACCACCCCUCUGACCCGACAGGUCUUGACACGGCAAGCUGCUAAAGCCAUUACGCUCGAUCACAAGGCCGUGGUUGGUAGGGGGGACUUCAAUGCUAUCCGUACGCUGACAGAGUAUACGGGUCGAGCACAUCAGGACCUGGGAGCCAUUUCUGAUUUUAACACAGCAAUCUCAGACUGUCAUCUUCAGGAGUUGCCUUACUCUGGAAGCUCAUAUACUUGGUCUGGCGUUCGGUCAGGAUCUAGGAUAUGGAAGCGGUUGGAUAGGGUCCUGGCCAAUCACCAAUGGCUCAGUUUCCUACCAAAUACUUCGGUCCAGCAUCUAAAUCGGGCCACCUCUGAUCAUACGCCCUUAUUGGUGCAUCUGCGGGGGGCUGAUGCUAGUGCUCCCAAGCCUUUUAAGUUUCAAAAUAUCUGGGUUUCUAGCUCGGAGUUUCAAUCGACGGUGCAGAGCAAUUGGGAACUUCCUACGCAGGGAUAUGGUAUGUACCGGUUGGAUUUCAAGCUAAAACGCUUGAAGGCAUGCUUACGCCACUGGAGCAGGCAACAUUUUGGCAACAUAUUUCAGGCUGUUCGGCAGAACGAGUUUGAGGUCCAGCAAAAGGAAAUUUUGUUCGAGGCUGCCCCGACGGACGAGGCGAGAGCUGAGCUCCAUCGGGCCAAAGGCAUCCUAUUGCGCAGUCUUCGGGUGGAAGAGGACUACUGGCGUCAAAAGGCCAGCCUACGGUGGUUAAAGGAUGGGGAUUGCAAUACACGCUACUUCCAUGCUUCAGUGAGGGAGAAGCGCUCGAAGCUGGCUAUACAUCGCAUUAAGGAUGCUGGGGGGAGUUGGCUUGAGGAUGAAGACAGCAUUGGCCAGGAAGCGGUUGGUUUUUUCCAGAGUCUUCUUACAGCUGAGGAGGUUAGCGACGUGGAUGAUCUGCUGGUACACGUUCCGCGGCUCGUGACUGAGCAUCAAAACGAUGUCUUAUUGGGGGAGGUAACCAUGGAGGAGGUCAAGAGGGUGGUUUUCGACCUCGAUAAGGAUAGUGCCCCGGGUGUGGAUGGAUUCACUGGCAUUUUUUUCCGUCACUGCUGGAAUAUCGUAGCUCUUGACAUCUUAGCAGCGACUAAGGAUUUUUUAGCUGGGACUCCGAUCCCAAAAGGAAUUGCUAGCACUUUGAUUGUCCUAAUCCCGAAGAAGCCAAACCCAUCUACGUUUGCCGAUUUUAGUCCCAUUAGCCUGUGCACCUUUGUAAACAAGAUUUUUACAAAGGUCCUUGCUAAUCGUUUGCAGCCAAUCCUCUCGGGCAUUGUUUCUGCGGAGCAAUCCGCUUUCUGCCCUGGUCGUGAUAUUGCUGAAAACGUGCUCUUGGCGCAAGAAAUGAUUGCCUCCAUUGACAAGAGGGCACGGGGAAAUAACUGCAUCUUCAAGCUGGACAUGAUGAAGGCUUUUGAUAGGGUGUCAUGGUGGUUCCUACGGCAGCUACUUUGCAAGUUUGGUUUUGACUACCGAUUCAUUUUGCCUAUUUUAAAUAACCUCUCCCACAGCUGGUUCUCUGUGUUGGUCAAUGGCAGGUCCAAAGGUUUUUUCCAGGCCUCCCGUGGGAUUAAGCAAGGCGAUCCUCUGUCCCCCCUCCUCUUCAUUCUGGCAUCUGAGGCUCUAAGUAGGGGACUGAAUGCACAGGUCGAGGGGGGCAGAGUGGUUCCCUAUGCAACGUCACGUGGUUGCGUUCGGGUCACUCACUUGUCCUUUGCUGACGACAUCAUCAUUUUUUCGCGCGGAGAUAGAAGGUCGGUCGGGAAUUUGGUUCGGUUCUUAAAUUUAUACCAAACUGCAACAGGCCAGCGGAUUAACAAUCACAAGAGUUUAUUCAUAGCAUCGAGGCGGUGUGGAACUGGCCAGAUUCGUCGAAUUCAACAGAUGACUGGUUUCAGGCAUGGAACUCUGCCGCUUCCUUAUUUGGGAUGCAACCUAUAUGCAGGACGUAGGAAAAAAGAAUACUUCCAAUUUCUAAUCGAUAAAUUCAUUGCUAAACUUGCGGGCUGGCAGAAAAAGAUCCUCUCCCAGGGGGGGCGACUCAUACUUAUUAAGCAUGUGCUCUCUGCCAUACCUACGCACGUGUUAGCCGUCAUGGACCCGCCAUCCGGGGUGCUAAAGGAGAUGGAACGCCUUAUGGCCAAUUUUUUCUGGGGGCAGACGGAGCUGGGCCCUAAACAUCAUUGGCGUUCCUGGAAAAACCUAUGUUAUCCAGUGGAGGAGGAUGGCCUUGGCAUACGUUCUUUUAAAAGCAUACAAGGGGCUUUCAGCUGCAAACUGUGGUGGCAGUUCCGCCAUUCUUCCUCCUUGUGGGCACUAUUCAUGCGAUCCCGUUAUAGUGAGGACAAUGGGGUAGUCUGUGGAGCAUCCAGAGUCUGGCGACGAAUGCUGUCUGUUUCUGAUAUGGUGACGCAGUCCACCCGCUUAAUUGAGUUAGACGACAGAGCUAGACCAGCUUGGACCCUCACAUCUUCUGGCGAUUUCACCAUUUCUUCAGCUUGGGACGCUUUGCGGCCCAAAAGAGCUUGCCUUGGAUCUAGGAAGUGUGUAUGGAGUGCCAGUGCUCCUUGCAAGAUUGCUGUCUUUAUGUGGAAGCUGCUCAAUCGGUAUCUCCCUUUCCCUGAUGCCCUUCAGCGGUUUGGCCUCCAACUCCCCUCAAAGUGCUCGUUUUGCUUGAAUGGAGAGUCUCAAGAUCACGUCUUCUCGGAAUGCGUUCUAGCAUCUCAGGUUUGGAGUUUUUUCGCCAGGGCCAUGUGGGUUCCUCAGUCGCCUACGGCCGACACUAUCUCCCGUUUACAGCAAUGGUGGCUAUGUCAUCCUCCAGGCUCUGCACGGGGUAAGCUGUGCAAGGUAUUGCCGUCGCUAAUCUGUUGGGGCCUUUGGAAAGCUAGGAACAUGGCGGUGUUUGAGGGCGUUGUUUUAACCCCAACUCAGGUUUGCUGGAAUAUUCAAACGCUGCUGCAUCACUUGUCCCAGGUCCGGCCUUUCGCUCGAGUGACGCAGGAUGACGGGGAGCUGGUCCGCUCGGGCUUGUUUCUCCGACUGACGUCACCGAAGCGGAUGGCCCCACGCUGGGUCCUUUGGGAAUCACCACCUGAGGGGUUUGUAAAAUUGAAUGUUGAUGGCUCAUCUCUAGGGAAUCCAGGCUCAUCUGGUGCGGGAGGUGUGUUUCGUGACUCGGGGGGUAAUGUCCUCCGUGGUUUCUCCUAUUUUUUGGGCUCAAGGACAAACAUGGAAGCGGAGGCCUCGGCAUUACUGGAGGGUAUGUUGCUCUCCACAGGUUACCACCCUCUGCAAGUUGAAAUGGACUCUCAGGUUCUGAUGGCUAUGGUGAAUGACAAUGGACGAGUACCUUGGAAGCUAUGGAAGACUAUCUCACGCAUCCAAGCCUUAGCGCUGGGUCGCCAGGUUACCUUCUCUCAUGUCUAUCGGGAGGCAAACGGGGUGGCUGACGCCCUGGCAAAUCUAGCAAGUUCCACGGGUGUCGAUCACAGCUUUGGGGCCUCCACCCUCCCGGACUACAUACAGGGGCUAGCCCGCCUAGAUAAGAUGCGAAUGCCUUAUGUACGGUUGUCUUAG